AUGUAUUAUCAAUUGUUUUACUUUCUUGAAGACGAAGGAAUGCUAGACCCAUUUAACACCCUUCAUGUUGCUGUACUCCACUAUGUAUACCUACCAAAGAUUAAUGAAAAACUAGAGUUGUGGAGAAAUGCAUGGUCCAGACAUUGCAUGAGAACCGUAAAAUCUCCGAUUCGCCUUUGGGUUUCUGGCCAGCUACAGAAUCCAGUGGUCAUUGAGCUGUCAAGUGCUGAGCUCCAAUCUUAUGGUGCUGAGGGAGUGUUGGACGAA